GUGGAAGCCAAUGGGUAUUGUAUUCUUUCAGAUCCGACGUAAAUAGACCUCACUUAACGACGUAAACGAGUAUUUCACAAGUCUCACCACAACAUCAUAACAGUCGACAAACUCGGCUGCAGGAUUUUACGACAUCGGAGACGUACGCUGCAUACACGCACGUCGAGCUGAGGCAUCCACUGUUCAUAUCUGACAUACUGUGAACUUCAAAAUGUCCGAAAAACCACCAGCACACACCAAGGAAGAGGAAGCGAAUGGGCCAGUUACCUAUGAUGAUGAAGCGCCGGGGGGAAGUGUCAGCGCUGCCACCCCUAAAGAUUUCCAAUCUGGACCACAAGCUCCACCAUCUUUCGAGGAAGUCAUGGGACAAAACCUGACGUCUUUUAUCCCUGCACAGCCGGAGUUACCUCCCCUGUGCCACAUCGACAUCAUGCCGAUGGUGGUCGAUCCGGGGAACAUCCGGUACAAGAAGUCGCCGAUUUUUCAACCCUUCAGCUCCAUCAUCACUGGUGCCAAUGUGUGGCUGCUGCAACACCCGGAGCUCCUGUGCUGGAAGUGCGAGACUGUCGAGAGAAAGAUUGACUCAGGGACAAAGGUCAACCUUGGGGUCAUGACCCACCACGAAUCAGCUGAAGGCUUCAACGCCCACGUGAUGGGAUUGAGAAUCUGGUUCGUGAAGAAGGUUGAUGGGUCCCCUCCUCAGCAACUCGGCCUUGUUAAUGUCGUACCCGAAGGAGGGGUUACUGAGUGCAUUGGCAAAGUCAACACGUCCGUUAGGUCCUUACCAGGUGCAAUCCUGAACAUCGAGACAGCGACCUUGAAAUACUCCAUCGGCUACAGCAAGUUUGACCCCGAGUGUACCUGCUACUGCGAGAAUGGAGCCGACGGUUUACGCGCCAGGAAAACCAAGCAGAUCAUGAGGGUGUUCUACGUUGUUGGGCAGUCGAGGAAUGAAACAGUUUUUAUGAAGGAGAUACAGCCCAGGCAGGUGCGCUUCACCGGCACCAAGUCAUCAACCAAGUUUGAACCAUUCUCUGCAGUGGUGGAACAAGCUCGGGUGUGGUUACAAAGUCAAGCCGGUAUCCGAGUUGUCAACAUUGAAACACGAGACAUCCAGGCAAGGGAUCAUCAAGGGAAAAUAGAUAUUUUCUCCGAGAAAACAGACGACUUUUUGUCAAACUCCGACUGCAUAUAUGUCAGGGUACUGCGCAUCUUCUAUGUCAAUACACCGGAAGUUACGUCAUAUGCUGGCACCUUCUUAUCAUCGCGCCUCUUCGCCCCAGGAAAGGGCGGAGAAAAGGGUUUCGAAAACAUGAAUCAGACAAUGGGAAGAAUAGCCAACUGGUUGGCAGUCAAUCCGCUGCCAAUAUUCAGCGUCGAGACGGUGUUGUUCCCAACAACCCUAGGGGGUGCAGGUUUAAACGAAGAACGCGUAGACUACGGGCUGGUUGAAGGCGGGGGAAAGCGGUGGCUCACGGCUAUCAGGUUAUAUUUCCCCGUGCCUUGCCCAGAGGAGGUCGUCGUGCAGAAGCAGUCAGGCACGUGCACGGUGUUGUGAGUGUGGGAGACGGAGGGACAUGCUCAACACUCUUUGCUGGGGAAUCGUUGCCAUGGUUUUCAACCUAUUCCACCUAACCUGUAUGGUUUUGUGCCAUUCUUCGAAUAUUGUUCCAUUGCUGUCAGAUCAUUUGAUGCUGAAUCAAGAUGUAAGACGUUUAAGAUAUGUUACGAAACCCUAAAUAGUCUACCCCUAAAUACUCGUACCACUUAAAAUGAUAAUGAAAAUAAUAAUAAUUUACUCAAAGGGGAUCUGGGGAUAUGCGAUAUUCAUUGCUCGCUGUUUUUGUUAAAGAAUAUAAAAGUAAUUUGACAUAAAGUUUUACAAAACAAAUCUUUCUUAAGACAUACUAGAUCAUCUAAAAAUAAUGCUUUGUCGUUCACAAACAGCUUGCUUCCAUAGAAAUGUAUGGCAUAUCUUGAAGCACUGGCUGUGACAAUGUUCUGUCUCAAACAGAACGACCCCCGAAUCCCACCCCACCCCAUCCGGACACCCCGAAUAUUAAAUGGAUGUCCCCUUACCCCAGGGUCGUUGGCUUGCAACUUCCUUCCCGACUUGUCCGUCUCAUCUCCAUGUUUGACGUUCAAUUGAUACAGUGCUGUUUCACUUCUCUUCAACCCUGGCUGUGAAUGCGAAUGCUAAAGAUGACUCCAGUCCACCGUGCUGCUGAUGGUGGUAGUGAUGCUGAUAUAUACACUGGUGGUAGUGAUGCUGAUAUAUACACUGGUGGUCGUGAUGCUGAUAUAUACACUGGUGGUAGUGAUGCUGAUAUAUACACUGGUGGUAGUGAUGCUGAUAUAUACACUGGUGGUAGUGAUGCUGAUAUAUACACUGGUGGUAGUGAUGCUGAUAUAUACACUGGUGGUAGUGAUGCUGAUAUAUACACUGGUGGUAGUGAUGCUGAUAUAUACACUGGUGGUAGUGAUGCUGAUAUAUACACUGGUGGUAGUGAUGUUGAUCUGGAUGACACUCCAGAAUGUGAAGUACCAGUCUAUACUUUCAGCCUCUAUGCUGAAUCUUAAAGUAUGUUUUUUUCGAGAGGGUGUGUUUAUAAAUAUUAUCAUCUUUUGAUAAAAAUGGAUACCGUUUUUGAAAAAAAUAGGAAACAUCCCCUUUAGAUUCAUGCUCGACGUAGAAAUAAUAAAAUUUUGGCGAAUUUUUGUAAAAUCAUAUUGUUCACCUAUUCAAAAUAGCUUACAUGUGUUGUGAAGCCCUUCUCUGGUGUCUCCCGCCGUGAUAUUGCUGGAAUAUUGCAAAAAGCAGCGUAAACCAUACUCACUCACUCACUCUUAUAUGUGUAAUAAAUUUGAAUUUUAUUUUCAUUCAGUCGGGUUUCAGUCGCUAAUGGAAAAAAAUAUCAAUAAUGAAAAUAAUAAAAGCAAAUAAUAAAAAACCCAGCCUGGCUGAUUAUAGCUGAUUGUAGAGAUGAUCCUUUGUCCAAAGAAUUGUGAUGAUGGUAGAGCAUGUUAUACCAGGAUUAUGUUCUGUCUGGUAGGUCUGGUAUGUCUGGUAGGUCUGAUAGGUCUGGUAGGUCUGGUAGGUCUGGUAUGAACACCGGCUGGGUGAUCGAUGGCGGGUCGGCAUCAUAGAAGCAAGAAAAGAAAAGAAAGAAAAUUGUUUUAUUUACGUGUCACCCGGCGUUGUAUACAAUAAUAUUUCAUUUUGGUAAAAUACAGGCAGAUAUAUAUAUAUAAAAGAAUAACGCCAGCCGGCCUAUAAAGGCCUAUGAGACACAUGUUACACAAUAAAAAGCAUGUAAUAUAAAAAAAGAAGUUUAUAAAACCACUUAAGUGCAUUUGAAAUACUAAGAGAAUUAGAGGUACGAACCAUGGGGUUUUAUAAAUUAUAUAAUGAGGGACUUACGACGGUUAUACAUUUUAGCCAAUGAUACGGCUAUUUUCUUACAGAGGGAAUAAGUGGACAUACAUGUAAGGUAGAGAAGCUGGUCCGCUGUGGACAGCUGAGGGAAUAUAGGUGCUGUUGUGUUUCACCAAGAUGCAAGAAGGUCAAUGACCUGCCCCCUUCCUCACAUAUUAACCUACUGCGCGUGUAUUUGGAACAGUGCUGUAAUUACAUUAAACCUAUCCGUCUUGAAAGAAAAAUAAUCAAUGUAUUUUCAGACACAUGUUUAUUUCACUUUCAAAACUAUCAUAUUUCAUCAGUGUGUUGGAGUAUUCCGGUCCUGCUGUUAUUUUGUUAUGCAAAUUUCAUGUCUAUUUUUACCCUACAUGUGAUCGUGCCUUGUAUUAUUUUGCACACCAACAUAUAUACUCCUCAAAAUAAGUGAAAGAACACCCGAACCUUUCAUAUGACCAUGACAGAUUAACUCCAGUCAUAGGAAACAAAUCGGGUGUUCUUUAACUUCUUUUGAAUAGUAUAUAUUUUAUAACUGAUCGUAUAAGCGAUAGAAGGUGUACAGUAAAUUGUCUACUCACACCCGUACAGUAUGUUAUGAUCAUCUGUACAAUGUGGCAUGGUCCCGUAGUUUUCGCGCUUCGACGAGAAGAGUAGCCUCCCUUUGAUUGCGAACGUGUCGUGCACGCUGACAAAAACUUCGUCUGUGUCCUGUUUGCGAAAAAUGAAUGUAUGCUGACCUUUAUAGACAAGUGUCGACAUGUGAUGAAGAUGCGGAGUCUGUAUAAUCUAUGUAUAUAGUUUAUUCUAAACUGUGAUAUUAUUUUGUAUUUAUAUAUCAUAACAUAUACCUCAAAUGGGGGUAUUUCACUCGAGUGAAAUAACAAGUACACAUGCUUUAUAAUAGAUUAGUCCCGGUUGCCUAUACAACGAGAGAAUGUUAUUUUCUUUGAAAAUGAACAUUGUGAAUCUAUAAUUUGAUUUCCCAAUCUGUCAAGCAUGUUGCCAAGUACCAGCCAGUGCUAGCUUCAAGUGAACACAGAAGAAAAGACUGGUUGGAGAAUAUUCUAAAAACAAAGUUAGUCCACUGUUAUGGUUAAAAAAAACCGAGCACGACGCAAUAUCCCGGAGUAAUGCCCCGUGAUAAUUGUCCCGGAGUGAUACCCCGUGAUAAUUGUCCAUGAGUAAUGCCACGUGAUAAUUUUCCCAGAGUAAUGCCCAUUGAUAACUGUCCCGCAAUUAUACCUCAUGAUAUUUGUCCCAGAGUAAUGCCCAGUGAUAACUGUCCCGAAGUGAUCCACCGUGAUAUUUAUCCCGGAGUAAUGCCCCGUGAUAAUUGUCCCGGAGUAAUGCCCCGUGAUAAUUGUCCCGAAGUAAUGCUCCGUGAUAAAUGUCCCGAAGUAAUUCCCCGUGAUAGUUGCCCCGGAGUAAUGCCCCGUGAUAAUCGUCCCGAACUAAUGCCCCGUGAUAAUCGUCCCGAAGUAAUGCCCCGUGAUAAUUGUCCCGGAGUAAUGCCCCGUCACAUUUGUCCCUGAGUAAAGCUCGAUGACAUUUUCCCGGAGUAAUGCCCCGUCUUAUUUGUCUCUGAGUAAAGCUUCAUCACAUUUCCCCGGAGUAAUGCCCCGUGAUAAUUGUUCUGGAGUAAUGCCCGGUAAUAUUUGUCCCGAAGUAAUGCCUCGUGAUAAGUGUACCAGAGUGAUGCCCCGUGACAUUCGUCCCUGAGUUAAGCCUCGUGGUAUUUAUCUCGGAGUAAUGCCCUGUGAUACUUGUCCCUGUAUAAUGCCCGUGAUAUUUGUCCCAACGUAAUGCCCCGUGAUAUUUGUCCCUGAGUAAUGCCCCGUGGUAGAAUAUCCACCAACACUCUCGGAUUAAAUAAUCCCUGAUAAACCUAGCUCCCUAACCCAGAAACUAGAUAUGUGAUUAUCAUUUAUGUAAAUGCUUCUACUGGUGUCAUCUGUUUUAGAAAUAUGAGUUAUGAAUUAACGUCCACCACUACAUUCCGUUUAACAGUAACGCAUCUUAACAUGUGUACACUAAAACUAAUACAACAUGGUUUUCUUCAUAUCUUAAUGCCAUGCGAAUAGAUGAUAUAUAUAGACUAAUGCUCAACCUACAAGAGGUGUCAUUUUAAGAAUCUUAUAUAUAAAAUCACAAACUAUUUCUACUUUGUUGAACAUAUAUACAUUAUAUACAACUGUUGAUACACGUCACGUGAUACCCUGCACAAUGUGCCAAAGUGUUAGACCCAGGUCACGUGAUCCAUCCCCACCAUUGGCGUCGUCGUAUGCCUCUGGCGUUGAUUAAACUGAAAAUUCACUCAUUCUAAUUUUUUGUCAGUUUGAAUAAACAGUUUAUAUGUCAAGCCGUGAAAA